AUGGCUGGAAGCCGUUUUUCGUGCUUCUCUCCAGCAGACGGAGCGCUUGCGGCUUCACCAUCAAGAAGACCGACUGUUGCAGAGAUCCUCGCGCAUCCAUCGUACCCGGACACGGUAUGGAACCUAACUCCUACGAAGAGCGGACAGCUCCCCGUGGCUGCCGGACGGGGUGGACCGAUUAAGAUUGAUUGGGAAGUCCAUGGGACGGGUGAUGUCAAGAUGAUUUGGAUUAUGGGACUUGGAACGAUCAAGUCUUCCUGGCAAAGACAGACGAAGAGAUUCGGCCACGAUGAAGGCGAUAAGUACUCAACUCUCAUCUACGACAACCGAGGGAUGGGAAAAUCAGAGAAGCCAUUCAUGCGGUACUCAACCAGUGAGAUGGCGAAAGAUCUCCUGGAACUCCUAGACCACUUAGGCUGGACAGAAGAACGCCAACUUCACGUGUCAGGAAUAUCAAUGGGCGGAAUGAUCGCACAAGAAGUCGCAUACAUGAUACCCACACGCAUCGCCUGCCUAAACCUAAUCUCCACCGCCGCCGCCAUCGAAAACACCACCACCUUCCUGGAAAACAUGUCGACCCGAAUCCGGAUGUUCAUCCCCAAAACCCUCGACCAAUCCGUCAGCGACGCCUCCAAAAUGCUCUUCUCAGACACCUGGCUCGACUCCCCCGACGACACCAUCGUCCCGACAUCCUCCACCCCAAACGUCAUCCUCCCCCCCUCAGGAAAAUACGGCAUGUUCAGCACCAACUACGAGCGGUUCGCAGCGCAGGAGUUGACCAAGAGGUUGGAUGUGGAGGGGUUCACCAGGAAGGGGUUUAUGAUGCAGGCUAUUGCUGCGGGGUGGCAUCGCAAGACGAGGGAGCAGUUGAGGGAGAUUGGGGAUAGGGUGGGGAGGGAGAGGAUCAUGGUUUUGCAUGGGACGAGGGAUAAUAUGAUUACGGUUCCGCAUGGGAGGAAGUUGAUUGAGAUGUUGGAGCCGGGGACGGGGGUGAUUAGGGAGGGGAGGGGGCAUGUGUUUAUGCUUGAGGAGUGGAAGUGGCAUGAUGAGAUGGUGGCGGGGAUGGUGGAGAAGGUGGCGAAGUUGCCGAAGUAG